AUGGAGUCGGCAAGGUUGUUGUUUGAAGAGAUGAUAACUUGGAAUGCUGCGAUGAAGAAUGCAAGGUUGGGUCUUGAUAAUGAAGUAGCUUGGAAUGCUAUGAUAUCUGGUUAUAUGAGGAAUGGUGAGGUGAAGAAUGCAAGAUUGAUUUUUAAUCAAAUGCUGGUGAAAUCUGUAGUUUCUUGUACUGCUAUGAUUUCUGGAUACACUAAAGUUGGUGAUGUUGGAGAAAUGAACAACCUUUUCUAUUCAGUGCCAGUUAAGAGUGUCAUUACUUGGAAUGCAAUGAUUGCGAGUUUUGUUCAGAAUCAUAAAUUUGAUCAAGCAUUGGAAGUUCUUCAUAGAAUGUUGAUGUCUGGUGAAUGUAAGCCGGACGAAACUACUCUUAUGAGUGUUCUCUCUGCCUGUACUCACCUAGGUGCUCAUGAACAACGAAAAUGGAUCAAGUCUUAUAUUCAAAAGCGGGAUAUUGAAAUUUCUACUUCAUUAAGGAUAUGUUUGCAAAAUGUGGUGAUCUUGAAAGUGCAAGUUUAA